UUGAAAGUGCGCGCAACGUCUCUAUAGAAGUAUUUGCAGAUUAGGCAUAGCUAAGAGUGACACUCUCAACAAAUGUGGUUCGCAGCUCAUUAAAAUUCACAAUGGCAAUUCUGUCAAAUAUUUAUAGCUUUUGGUUGUUUUUGUUGAUGCUGCUGCUGAUCGCAAAAGUAUACGCCGCGUUGGCCACGCCAGUGUCAAAAGGAAAUGCAGCAGAUGUGACGACAAAAACUGAAAAACGCAGCGGGCCGAGCAAACUGAGCAACUACUUUUUGCAUGAGCCAUACGGUCCCAAUACAUAUGCCUUUGGCUAUGAGCUGGAAGAUGCCCCAUCUGGUAAUAUACAAUUCCGCGAUGAGCGACGCUAUUUGAAUGGCAGCAUCGAGGGCAGCUAUGGCUAUGUGCGUCCCGAUGGACUAAUCCAGGUGACGCGCUACAAAGCUGACGGGGACAGGGGCUAUUUGGCACACACCCAGAGCUAUGCGCCGGGCGAUGAGCCGGUGGACUCCAUUUGGCCAACACAACGUCCAGAUAUGUUCAAGACACAGCAUUCUAUGCAGCCCGCUGUUAAUGUGAGCUGGGAUGCCAAAAGUCAUUUGAAUGUGAGCGUGGAUCAAGUGGAACAUGAAGUGGCAAAGCAGCUAAAGGAGCAGCAUGGCUUAGACUUGAAUCACAUCAAUGUCGAGCAGGAUGUGCUGCAGCCAGCUGUGCUGGACAUAGUCAAUGGCAAAACGCCACUAAAAGCCCAACCCAAUGGCAGUUUGGCCUUUGAAACAUUGCACAACUUCAUAGACAAGGAUUUGCCGCUGGUGCCAUUCGAGUUGCCAGCCGAACAACUGUUGACAACGGCCGCGGCGCCAUUGGACCAGAACAGAACUGCGGCUAAUAACAAAUACAACAAAGCCAAGUCCAAUAACGACGAGAAGGCACCACAGACAGCCAGCACUGUUGACUUUAGCACCACAUUGCCCACGCCCCAGCCAUUGGUAAAUGAUAGGUCGAAUGCAAGCAGCUGGUACCAGCGAAUCAUUCAGGCGAAUCGUCGCGAAUUUCUUGAGCAUUUGCCAAAUUUGAAUCGAGCCUGAGCACAGCACGGCACAAAACAUGCCACAAAAGCGAAAAUGUAUCAUAAAUGUGGCUGCUCCACUAUAGCCAACAGCAUUGCCGACACGCCCCUUUGCAGCGUCUAAUAAGCAUUAGCUUUUAUUUGUAUCACGCACGCCGCCUCGCCCGUCUCGAACGUUAUCUUUGAAUUGGUCUUCAGUUUAUGCAACGGCCAACAACAGCAACAACUAGUUUUACUCGAUAUUUAUACAUUUAACAUUUUUAUGAUUGGGUUUUUCUCAGUGCACAUUUAUUGUUGUCCGUCGUGCAUUCACUUUUAUUGCGGAGAAAUGAUUUAUAAAUGCUUUGAAUACACUCACAGCAAACUAAUGAAUGAUUGAUGGCUGCCUUAUUAGAAAGAGUGAACUGUGCUA